AUGCGCAUUACGAUAGUGCUUGGGGCUCUUUUGCUUCUUGCAGUUGUACUGGUCCCUGGGCUGACUGGUCAUGACGUGACUGAAGAACUUUCCGGGUCGAACACUACUUCCUCCGAUAUUCACAGGAUGUCACGUGGAAACCAUAAUGUACGUGAAGAUGUACAUGGAAGAAACACGACUUCAUCAUCCGAUAAAGUGUUGGUACAAAGUCAUACUGGUGGAGAUGGUGGUGGAAGAGGAGGAGGAUCAGGAGGUGGCGGGGGAGGCGGAGGCGGAGGCGGAGGCGGAGGUAGUAAUGGUGGUAAAGGUGGAGGAAGUGGUGGGGGUGGUGGAGGUGGCAAUGGUGGAGGUAAUGGCCGACAAGGAAAAGAUAAAAGAAGACACAGAAAAGGAAGUGGUGGGGGAGGAGGUGGCGGGGGUGGUGGAGGAAAUGGUAAAGGCUAUGGAUGGGGUAGAGGAAGUGGUGGUGGGGUGGUGGAGGCAGCAGCAAAGGGUAUUGUUGGGUCUGGGGAUGUGGCAGCCAGAGAAAAUCCAUUGGAGGAAGAGGUAGCUCUCCAACUGAUAAGAAUGGUGAGGGUGCAUGAGCUUGGAGCACCCACAUGCAUGGAGUCCUAA